UACCACAUGAUUUUUAUCUCGCGUUUGAAGUUCUUGAGCCUUCAACCGGGAAAAGUGAGGUUCAGGGUAAAGCCAAAAAUGAAAACGAUUCUAGAAAGUUGUUAAUCGCGAUUUAAAGUAAGGGUUUGUUCGUUUCGAACGAAAAUAUCAGAUAGCAGAAUGGCACCCACACUAAGAUACAUGCAAAAGCUGUCAGGUCAUUUAAUCAGCUCCAAGCAUUUAGGGCUAUUUCAACAGAGGUUCUUUGAUAGCUCGUGGAAACAGUAUUCAGGCAGUGUUCAGCCUCAAUAUCAACCGGACACGUGUAAUAUGGGAAAUACAAUUGUUGAUAACAGAGAAGUAAUCAAUGAUGUUGUCAGUAGAACGAAGGUUGAAAGAUUAGUUCUACCUGAUUCUAUUAUGUGUUCAGCUGGUCUUCCUGAAGAAAAUGUGGUACCAAACAAGCAACCUGCCUCACCUGAUGGCAGGCCUUCGCCUGACAAGCUUUUCCAUGUGUACACAAUAUUAGGGAAUACAUUACCAAAGUUGUUUAUCCAACCAAUGGACUAUUCCAUCUAUCACGAUAAUAUCGUAUUUGAAGACAAUAUUAGAAAGGUCAGAACAGAGGGAUUAUUAAAUUAUGUCAAGCAGGUUGCUCUGUUACGAACAAUCGGACAUAUCAGGUUUGCUUAUGUAAGGUUCGAGGUUUUAAAGAUAACUCAACAUCCAGAAGAUGGCACAAUCCGGAUAAGAUGGAGAAUAAGAGGAAUAUCAGCAUGGAGAGUAAUGCUCAUGUUCUGGAAAAUUAAAUUAUGGGAAUGGAAGGAAACACUUGAAAAAAGUGAUAAUUGGUAUGAUGGAUAUUCUACUUUUAUAGUAAAUGCAGACGGCAAAAUCAUUAAACACAUAGCCGAUAAAAUGAUGCCGGAUUCUGACUCAGUAGUAUCAGAAAAUUCCAAUUUAAAUGCCGCAAAGCUAGCAUUAAUGAUAACCGUUGUUCCCAGGGUUUCAGAUAUAGCCCUGUUUAUGUGAAGUGACGAAUAUUAGUAUAGAAUAUUAUUUAUUUUCGAAAUAGCUGCAAAGGUCUUGGAAGCAUUUUUCAAACAUAUUAAUUUCUAGUUUAAAUCGUCAAUAAUUGCUACGCGUUAAAUGUUAAUGUUAUGUCUGUUAUCAGUAAAAAUGCGCUUUGUAUAUUAUACUAUUAAUGUUGUUUCGAAGUAACUUAUGAAAUCUUGUAGCUGAAUAAACAGAAACAAAGUAAAAACAAA